UCUUGGGUCGGGAAGAUCCGCUGGAGAAGAGAAAGGCUACCCAUUCCAGUAUUCUUGGGCUUCCUGGUGGCUCAGCUGGUCUCCUGGAUGGUGGAGCAUGGACCCAGUUGCUGCCCACAGCUGCCACCUUCUCCAGCAGCUGCACGAGCAGCGGAUUCAAGGCCUGCUCUGCGACUGUAUGUUGGUGGUGAAAGGAGUCUGCUUUAAAGCCCAUAAGAACGUUCUAGCAGCUUUCAGCCAGUACUUUAGGAGCCUCUUUCAGAACUCUUCAGGCCAGAAGAAUGAUGUUUUUCAUUUGGAUAUUAAGAAUGUGAGUGGCAUCGGGCAGAUCCUGGACUUCAUGUACACGUCGCAUCUGGAUCUUAACCAGGACAACAUACAAGUCAUGCUGGACACAGCCCAGUGUUUGCAGGUUCAGAACGUCCUCAAUCUGUGUCACACCUUUUUGAAGUCAGCCACCGUCGACCAGCCUCCAGGCCUGCCCUGUCACGGCACCUUCUCCCUGCAGAGCACCCUGACUCCCGCCACGAACUGUGUCCUCAGUGAAAACUACCCACCUCACUUGCUGCCGGAGUGCUCCGCGGGCGCCCAGCAGGGCAGGGCCGUGGACGGGUCACUCUCGCACGCCCCACCCUCAGUCGGCCUUCACCCGCCCACGGCCGAAACCUCCAAACAAGCCCCCGACCCGUUCGAUGGCAGCUGCACAGAACUGUCUUUCAAACAGCCCAAUUGUUACUAUAAGCUCAGAAACCUGUACAGUAAGCAGUACUACAAACACGCCGGCUGUCCCAGUCACGAGCGAGUGACUGAGCAGCCUUUCACCUUCAGCGCCUCCGCAGACCUUCACACCACGGAUCCCCAGCCCUGUGCGGUCGGCCACGCCGAGUGUGUCCUUGAGUCCUCCCAGCACCUGCCUUCCAACUUCCUGGCCCAGCCUUUGGGUGAAAAUGCCCCAGACCCCGCGUCCGACCACGCCAGCCAACAGCCUACCCGGCAGAUGAGGCUCAAGAAGGCCAUUCACCUUAAGAAACUCAACUUCCUAAAGUCACAGAAAUCUACAGAGCAAACCUCUGAACCGAAACCCAAUGACAGUUUAACCACAAGGCUCGAAGCUGCCAGGGAACAUGGUGUGGAGAAAGUGAACAGCCCCAGCGCCGAAGAAAAGGAAAGCGAGGAACUCAGCAGUUCCGAGAACUUUAAUGGCGUGAGUGAGACAGAGAGGCCCGAAGACGCCGCGGCCCUGGAAGACCAGACCCAGAUGCCGCAGUCCCAGAGACAGUACGCGUGCGAAUUGUGCGGGAAACCUUUUAAACACCCCAGCAAUUUGGAGCUGCACAGACGGUCUCAUACAGGUGAGAAACCUUUUGAAUGUAACAUUUGUGGGAAACACUUCUCUCAGGCGGGUAACUUGCAGACUCACUUGCGUCGGCAUUCUGGGGAGAAGCCGUACAUCUGCGAGGUCUGCGGGAAGAGGUUUGCAGCCUCGGGAGAUGUCCAGCGUCACAUUAUCAUCCACUCAGGAGAAAAGCCACACUUGUGUGACAUCUGUGGUCGAGGGUUCAGUAACUUCAGUAAUUUGAAGGAACACAAAAAGACGCACACGGCUGACAAAGUCUUCACCUGCGAUGAGUGCGGGAAGUCUUUUAACAUGCAGAGGAAGUUGGUAAAGCACAGAAUCCGGCACACGGGCGAGCGGCCUUACAGCUGCUCUGCCUGUGGGAAGUGUUUCGGAGGGUCGGGCGACCUCCGCAGGCACGUGCGCACGCACACUGGGGAGAAGCCAUACACUUGCGACGUGUGCAACAAGUGCUUCACGCGCUCGGCCGUGCUGCGGCGGCACAAGAAGACGCACUGCCGGGCGGGCGACGAGGGGCCGGACGCCCUGGAGGCACUCGCGCGGGCCAUCGAGGCCCCGGACCUGGAGCGCUCCCAGAGCUCCGACUCCUUCUCCCAGGACGUGUCCGUGCCUCUGAUGCCCGCCGUGACCGUCAAAAUCCCCGCGCACCCGGCAGAUGAGGACUCGGUGGCGGAGUUUGACAGCCCCUGUAAGUUCCAGCCGGUGGUUCAGCCCCCGCACGGGCCGAGUGAGCCCGAGAAGCUCAGCCUGGAGCCGGUGAAGCUGGCCAAGCCCCCGCAAGUGCCGCCGGCGCAGCACCAGGCCUAUGGCUACCCGGACAUGGACGCCCCGGCCGGCGCUGAGCCGCUGCAGGCCGACGGCGUGGCCGCCCUGCGAUCGUCCCUGGCGGCCCUGGACCACCCCCCCUGCACCGACCCCCUGGGCAGCCGCUCCACCGCCCCCGCCUACAGGAACUCGGAGGGCCAGUUCUUCUCCAGCAUGACCCUCUGGGGGCUGGCGAUGAAGACGCUGCAGAACGAAAGCGAGCUAGACCAAUGAGGCCCCCGUCGGUCUCAGCAUCAGGGGCCGGGGCCGGGCUUCGGAGCGGGACACCUUCUCACCAGCUCCAGACAGAGCCCGACCCUGACCUGGCAGGGGUGAGCAUCUCAGCACCUUGAGCUCAGCGUGUGGGAGAAAGCCUCCUGGCCCCUCGGGGAGGUGCACACGGGACUGAACAAGGCUCACGGACCGGGUGGUAUGGACUGCGGGGAACUGCUGCUCAUUUUGGUCAUGGUAAAGGGA